CCAUUCAAACUACUACUCAAGUACCUUCAUAACUUGACAACUUCUCAAUUACUGAUAAAAUGAGUCUCGACGCUACUACGUUCAUGGGCGCCGGUAUCGUCUACAUCCGUAACGAAUCAGGCGACAACAUGCAAACCUUCGUCUCCAAACUAAGCCACAACUCUGGUGACGACAGUUGGUUUGUCGUCUCUGCGUCCUUUGAAGAUGACGCUCACGCCAGAUGGAACCGUUCGAACCACGGCUGGGAGGUGAUCGCCUUCAAGGACGACAACAACAAACGUGUCGGGUUCUAUGUCGACCUUAGGAAUGUGACGACCUAUGUGACGUUCCGGUCGUUCUCCAACGUCGAGAUCAGCCAGGUCCAAACGGCCUAAUAACGGGAGUUCGUACGAAUAGCAUCUCUCA